AUGUUCGUAGGAGCCCCAAAGAAAUACUAUAGCGACGAAAGAAAGAUCAUCGGCGCUGCAGAGGUGGUACCGAACCUGUACCGAAAAAAGGGAGGAGUGGACCCUAAGCCUUAUCAAAAACGCGUCUAUACUUUGAGAGAGCGACUUCGAAUCCAGGACCAUGUACGAGAACUUCCCGAGACACGUGAGGAAGUUGUCAACACGGCAAACUAUUACUGGGACCUCAUGAAAACAAAUUCGGACCGGGGAAACACAAACGAAACCAAGCCGAAUCAUCUCCGAAAGCGUAAGGCUCCUCCGGAUGAACCCCAGGGACCGGAAAAGAAAACCUACAAGAACCGUCAAAACAAUCGGAGACGUCAAGAGUCCUCAACGAACAACAACCUAAACCCUAUCGGAAGGGAUAGAAAACGCAAUGUGUGCCACAUCUGCGGAAGCGAUACGCAUUACUCUCCUGACUACCCCGACCGAAAGGACCCUAAGGAAAAGCCAAAGGUCCAGAUAGCAACAACCGCGGGAAACGACAGCGAGACGGAGUAG